AAAAGGGCGACCAAAUUGAGCUGUGUGGAAUUGGUUGGCUGGGGGUCGUUUUGUGCGAUGUCGGUGUCAUUGGCAAAUAUUGGCGAGCAGCAGCGACUUUUUGAUGAGUGUUUUUAUAAUAAUGAGGUAGUGAAGGCCGAAUUAGUUGAUAAUGAUCGUUGGUUUAUUAUUAGCUGGGACUGGUUUAAUAAAUGGAGAACAUUUAUUCGCCGGUCUCAUCCUGAAAACGGGUCGGCGUCUGGUACAGAAGGGAAAGGCGAUGCACCGGGUCCAAUUGAUAUGUCUUCGAUUAUGUGUGAUGGUGAUUUAAAACCCAAUCUUAUUUUGAAUGCUGAUGUGAUAAUGAUCCCAGAAGCUUUGUUAGACAAACUUAUUCUGUGGUACGGGCUUGUUGGUGAUAAAUCUGGUAUUCCUUCUCGCAAAGUUUACCUUACUGCUGCUAAAGAACUCUCUCUGGACUUGUACCCACCAAAACUUAUUUUAACUCCGAAGUCAAGUGGAUUAAGAAAAAUUGUAGCAGUGUUCAAUUCUAAAGAUAGCAUUGGUAACGUGAAGGAAGAGAUAAGAAAAGAAAAUAAGCUGCAUCGAGAACAGAUUAUCACUCUCUAUGACGCACAAAAUAAGGAUAAGCUACCGGAUAAUGUUGAUGCUACUUUAACGGAAUGUAGUCUUGACGGCACGAAGGAGCUGUAUUACGAAGUAGGACCAUCAAGGGGUUUGGCAAAUGGAGAUGGACCUUCGGGAUUGUUAACUUAUUCAGAAAGCCGGACUUCGUCUCUUCCUGUUGGCGUUUGUGGCUUGGGUAACCUUGGCAAUACAUGUUUUAUGAACAGCGCAAUUCAAUGCAUCUCGAAUGUUGCUCCCCUCCGAGAUUACUUCCUCACUGAUCGGUUUAAGGAGGACAUAAACGCCGAAAACAAACUUGGUUCUGGGGGUGAGAUUGCCGAAGCGUUUGCAGAACUCAUCCAUCAGAUGUGGGAUGAAAACAAUCGAGGUCGCUCUUGUGUGCCACGUUCGUUAAAAUUUUACAUUUCAAAAACAGCUCCCCAGUUUGCUGGAUACCAGCAGCACGAUGCUCAAGAGCUGAUGAACUUCCUUUUGGAUUUCCUCAAUGAGGAUUUGAACAAAGUUAAGCAGAAACCCUACAUCGAAGUAAGAGAUGCUGAUGGUCGUCCAGAUGAGGUGGUGGCCGCGGAGUCUUGGUCGAACUUCAAAAAGCGUAAUGACUCCAUCGUUGUGGAUCUUUUCUACGGUCUGCUCAAGUCCACAGUAAUCUGCCCUGAAUGUAACUACGUUUCCGUAACUUUCGAUCCCUUCGGUUCCCUAAGUCUUCCCUUGCCCAACCAUAGUGUAGACGUGUUUGUCUGGCCCUUUACCAGGCACACGUUAUACGUUCCGCCCGGUUGCCGUAUAACAGACAUCCUCACUUCCCUCAAACGAGUGCGUUGUCUGCCAGCCGGGCAUGAGUAUGUAGUUGCGAGGUUUAUCAACAACAACAACUUGGAGGUGAUUCCCCGCACAUCGAACGAAAAUCUGUACAAACACCAGCUUCACGUAUUUGACCUAGUUAAGGGCUCUGUCGUCCCGGUUGUCUUGCAAGUAAAUGGGAGAGUGGAGCAUCGCCCAUUUCUGAUCAGUCUUGAGAAUUACCAACCGCGGGCAUCGAAGCAGGACGUCAUUCGCGGGGUCAGAUCACAGCUCUCGGCAAUAUCCGCGGAGUGCGAGAAACAGUUUGAAGACUUCGCCAAUAGUGGACAAUUGAAAUUUAUCCCUGAUGGCGAAAUUUUUGAAAUCGACCCCGAGAAGCCCAUCCUUAUUGAAAUGCCCCAACAUUUGAAGUGGAAUUUCCACGAGGACACCGAGAAACAUCACGUGCGGCUAGCCGACUGCCUUGACCUUUUCCUCGCAACCGAGCAACUCAGUGAUCGGGAUCCGUGGUAUUGCACAAAGUGCAAAGAACACCGUCAAGCCUUCAAAAAAUUCGACAUAUGGUCGCUACCCCGUGUCCUUGUAAUUCACCUGAAACGCUACCGCAACGGCCUCCGGUUGCAUAAAAACGAAACUUUUGUCUCCUGUCCAGAAACGGGUCUAGAAGUCACCUGCGCCAAAGGUAAAUUUGUCUACGACCUGGUUGCGGUGAGCAACCAUAUGGGUGGAGUUGGUGGCGGUCACUACACGGCGUACGCCAAAAACGGGGAUGCAUGGUACAACUUCGAUGAUAGCUUUGUCAGCAAAGUCAACGGGCCUGUUGUGGUAGGUAGUUUGUUCCUCGCCCUCCUAAAUUCUUUCGCUUUCCAACUGCUGUCAUUCUAG